UUGGAGGGAGCGGGAGGGGGAUGAAGACAUGCCGGGAAAGCGCGCCACCGAGAGUGAGGCAACAUUUUGAAUCGGAAGCGCGGGCCCUGCCUCCACAUUUACACCAUUGGCGCUUCUUCUCUCUCUCUAUAUAUAUAAAAAUUAAACCGAAAAAAUAAAAAUAAUAAAAGGGAGGUAUUAUCAUUUCCUCCGUUUCCCCCGAGACCCGCUCUUAGAUUCUUCUAAUUUGGGCAUUUUUUUUCCCUCUCUACACUCGAAUCAAAUCUACCUUCAAUGCUUUCCAAGGAUUUCUUCCACCCGACCGAUUAGGCUUUCUAGUUGCCAAAGUUCUAGAAGAUAGAUUGGUUGGGUUGAUCAGAUUAGCGUCCCCACUUCCCGUGUGAGAUAAUGCGCGAAGAUAACGUUAACGAUGCGUUAGGCCACAAUCGUCUGGUUCUCGGAAACCUGACCAAUCGUCCACUCAAACGAAAGCUUUCGUCAAUCUUGAGUGAUUCGGGGGUUAAAUCAAGGGAUGGGUGUGGCAAAACUGUGGACGGGAAAGAGGAAGACUUUAGAUUCCCGAAGCACAUGCGUCUACAAGCAGCGAAAUAUGUCGAGGAGAACUGUAAACGCUCGUGUGGAAAACACUGUUAUUCAAUGGCGCUGUCUAGAUUUAGUAAGGAGCAGCAGGAAUCUGAUUGCUCACCUGCUUCCAGUGAAGCUGAUACUGCUUUAUCUGAUAUACCUAAAGAAACUGUGCAGUGUAAUUUGCCGAAUGAUGAACCACAUCCUGUGCAAGAGGAUGAACACAGAAUUACAGAUAGUGAAGCAUUGGGAGUUCCUUGCUUGCCCACUUCUGUAGUCCCUACUUGCUCUGAAGAUGACAAGAAAGAUUGUCCUGGAAUUAUGCUAAACAAUGCUGAUAAUGAAGAAGCAGCUGAUCUUGUUUUAAGGAAUGACGAAAAGGAUAUUGACAUUGGUAUAAUUGGCUCAAGCAACCAUGAUUCCUCUGAAUGGUCGAGGAUACCUAUAUCGGGUUCCAAGUCUUUGGCAUUGGAAAGGUGCUCAGGACUCAAGACUGAUAACUGUGCUAAUCUAGACAUGUAUGGGGACUUGCUUAAAACAUGUUCUUGUUCAUUCUGCUUGAAAGCAUCAUACAUUUGGUCAGAUCUCCAUUACCAGGACAUUAAAGGACGGAUUUCAGCACUUAAGAAAAGCCAAAAAGAUGCAAGCAUCCUGGCUCAGAAAAGCAGCAAAGAGAAAGAGACUUAUCAUGGUCAAGGAAAUUCUUCCAACUCAAAGCUAGAAUUUGAUCUUUGUGGUCAGUGGAUGUCACUGUUCCGUCAUAUGGAAGAUACGUUUGCUCAUGAAGGCAACCAACUUCAAAGCAGUUUUGUUACCCUGAAAGAUCUGAGAGAGGAAUGCAAAAUGAAUUUGGAGAUGCUUAAUGCCAUGCCUAUGGAGAAACAUUAGCGUGCUGUUGUUUUUCCUGCCACUCUGACGGCCAUUCUGAUGGUUGUGGGCCGUGUGGUUAGUCACUUAUGCUGUCCAUAAUCUUUUGAACUCGCCUUGGAUAGGGUAGCUGUAUUAUAAAUUUGGAAUACAUGUAAAAUCAUCAAUUCUAUUUUUGAAUAACUCUGUCUUCAUCCUCCAUCCGAUUCGGCUUUCCUGUAUAUUUUUUACUACUUUGGUCUUUGAAUGAUUUUAGGUAGUUUGGUAGCCUAUCAAAUUCUGUUGUAUUAGGUUGAUAUGAUAAAUGUUUUACGGUUGACAUCUUUUAAAUA